AUGGCUUCAAAAAUCCUGGUGAACCUAGAGGAGGAAGCAACCUGCCCCAUUUCCUUGGAGCUCCUGAUGGAACCCAUAAGCCUAGAUUGUGGCCACAGCUUCUGCCAAGCCUGUAUCACUGUGGAUAACAAGAAGUCCAUGGUUAGCCAAGAAAAGGAGAGCAGCUGUCCUGUCUGCCGGAUCAAAUACCAGCCUGGAAACCUACGGUCUAAUCGGCAUCUAGCCAGCAUGGUAGACAGACUUAAGGAGGUGAAGAUGAGUCUAGAAAAAGAAGAGAAGGAAAAUUACUGUGUCCACCGUGGAGAGAAACUCAGGCUUUUUUGUAAACUGGAUGGGAAGUUCAUUUGCUGGCUUUGUGAGAGGUCUCAGGAGCACCAUGGUCACCCCACAUUCCUUGUGGAGGAGGUUGUCCCAGAGUACCAGAAGAAUCUUCAGGCAGCCUUUGAGAGUCUUAGCAAGGAGCAGGAGAAAGUUGAGAAGUGGAAAGCUGACCUCAGAGAAGAGAGGGACUCCUGGAAGAAAUACAUACAGACUGAGAGACAGAGUGUCCGGGAAAACUUCAGUCAGCUGAGAAGUAUCCUGGACAAUGAGGAGCAGAAGGAGCUGCAGGAGCUGAAGAGCAAGGAGGAGAGUGUUAUGCAGAACCUGUCAGAGGCUGAAAAUGAGCUGGGCCAGCAGAGUGAUGAUGUGAAAAAACUCAUGUCAGAUCUGCAGCAUCGGCUACAAGGGACAACAAUGGAGAUGCUGCAGGACGUGAAUGACGUCAUUCAACGGAGUAAGAACACGAUCCUGGAGAAGCCAAAAACAUUGCCCCAGAAACCAAGGAGAAUAUUCCAAGUUCCAGAUAUGAGUUUGAUUUUGCGUGUGAUGAGAGGUAAGACCCGAGGAAGUGUGUGAUUCUGGGAUUUUUGUGAGGGGGGGCUAAAUAGGGGAGAGAGUAGAGAUGAGGGUAUUGGAUUACUAUGUGCUGAUGAUGUCAUGUUAAGAGGAAAUGGUCGGGUAUCUGUUCCUCUCAUUCACCUGUUCACUGUUUGUCAUAGAUUCCCCUUCUUCCCCUAAUCAGAAGAGAAAACAGAUACCAGUACAGAUACCAGUGCUGACUCUCUUGCUUGUAUUCAAUAUCAUGGAAUCUUUUAUCAUUUCAGAACUGGAAGAUGUCCAACGCUACUGGCGUAAGGAGAAAUCACAGUAUCCUCAAGCCAUACUGUUCUCAUCACCUUUCACAAUUUUCUGUUCUCUAGUAGGUCUCACUCUUUGAGCCCUAUGUGUCACCU